AUGGCCUUGGCACUUGCUGCAGCGGCUGCAGAUGCGCCGGGCGCGCUCCUGCCACAUAUGCGCCUGCCCCCUGCGGCGGCAGAAACCAUGGAGGUCGCCGGGCCCUGCCGCUGGUCCGGACCGCCCCUGAACAGUCCACCUGACGGCUACUGCUUUCUGUAUGCUUGGCUGGCUUCUCUCGAGCCCGAGAGAUGGCAAGCUGUCGCGAAAGACAGCAUGGGUUUCAUCGUGGACGCCGAAGAAGAAGGGAUCUGGAAGGCAAAGGCCCGCAGCCUUCUGGACAAAGUCUUGGCUUUGAUGGAGAGCGAAGGUGCACACGACAUGGCGGGAAGUCUUCGACGCGGCGCCUAUCCCGGGGACGAAGAAUUCGCCUUUUACACGCGAGCCUUAGGCGGGGCCUUCCUUCUGACUCCACUAAGCGAAGAUAAGGCCUUUCCUGUGAUUCAUGGGGAGGGCCCUGUGCACUGCGAGCUUGGCUUCGUGUAUAGUACUGAUGGAGCCGGCUACUCUUCUGGCCAUUACGUGCUGCUGCGAAGCUGGGCGCCCGACCAGAAGAUUGCACAGCCAGCCGCCAGGAUGUCGCUGUCGGACUCGGACUCGGACUCCAACGCAAAGCUUCAUUGCCCUCCGGAGAGAGCUGGGGCCCCACCCCUCGCUGAUGACGCCGCCAGUGAGACGGAUGACGACGCAGCCUGUCACACAGACGAGGGCGACAAGUACGUCUCCGAACAUCCCAGCAGCAAACUUGACGACAACGCAGAUAAUGCCCAGGACGGCGAAGCGUCCAGGUGUGCCGACGCGGAGGGCGGGUCCACGGCCAAGCUCCAGACCACAGUGGCUGCUGCUUGCUGUGAUUCCCAGCUAAAGGAAACUCCCAACAGUGACGCGCGCAGCGGCAGCGGCCUUCUGGACGGCGCAGGCGAUGCCCGGGACGGCGAAGCGUCCAGGUGUGCCGAUGCGGAGGGCGGGUCCCCGGCCAAGCACCAGACCGCCGUGGCUGCUGCUUCUGGCGCGGCGCCCUCCAGCUGUGAUUCCCAUCUAGAAGAAACUUCACCAACGCCGACAGACAAGCGAGGCAAGCAGCUGCAGACGAGCACGUGGGCCACGGCUGCGAUGGCAUUUGGACGCACGAGCAGGAUUCUGAAAAUUAGACCCAAGUGGCUUGGACGCAUCCUGUCCGGCGAGAAAACGAUAGAGAUACGCGGAGAGGGCCUGCACGAGAACCACGAAGCGCUCCGAGAAAUUUCGUACCCAGCGCCGUGGGCGUGGCCACUGGAGGAAGUCGAGGUCCUGCCUGCCCCGAUCAGCAUUCCCAGCUGGGUGGCGAAAGGCUCCGUGCGAUGGAUUACUCGCGAGAGGUGGGAGGCUUUCGACCGCGACCCGGGCCUCGAGGCGGCUCCAUUCACCCCAACUGCAUGGGCUGCGCGGCAAUCGAAGAGGCGAUCGGCCGAACAGGGCUGCGAGGAUGCAGCCCCUCAGAAGAAGCCCAAGCAGACAAUGGCGCGGAAACGCUACGCGGCCGAGCUCUGCUCCACGCAGUCAUGCAUCUUCAACCCGCAGCGCCCGGGCUCGGCAGCGCGGAGGCCACGCCUGGCCAGCGCGUGCGCGUUUUGCAGCAAGGCGACGAUGCAGACUGCGGCCGGUACGCCAGCCGGGCGAGGUCGUCUGACCAAAGCUCUCAAAGCAUUCCGCACCUGCAGCAACGGCACUGUGCACGAGAGAGCCCUGAAGCGUCUCCGGCACUGGGCACCUGCCCACGCUGCGCGAAUAGAGAAAUCGGCUAGCGCGCCUAAACGCCACAAGCCUGUCGAGGGGGGCCAGUGUGCCAGUGACAGUGCAACGUGGGAAAGCUGCAAAGCUCGCCGCAGGCACGUUGCGGCACCUCCCGAUGGCCCGGCCAAGAAGGUCUAUCGUUCCGCAGUCCUGGCGGAUCAGCGCUACGCGAAGAAGCGAUUCUACCCAGAUGCACCACGGCGCGCCCGAGCGUCAGGGUCGGAACUGCUCGCACCCGUCGACAACGACUGCGACCUCCCACCGGCGAGCCGCUCCGAUGUUUCCAUCGGCCUGCAGCGCUGGUGCACAGAGGGGGCCUGGGGAAUGUGUACAAGCUGUCAGAUGCUGCAGAUGCGCCCGCUGCGACCUAGAGACCUGCAAGCAGAGGAACACAAGCCCGAGGUUCCUCGUUCCAGCUGCCGCCGCUGCGGCGCGAAACAUCCGCACGUGGUGCCGCGCCCAGAGGACGUGCCGCUGCCAUUGCGCGAGCUGCCCCACGACGUCGUCCAGGCACUUCGCCCUUUGACGAUCGACGUGGGGCCGGUCACCCGCGCGGACAACGGCUAUCGCAAAAAGGUUCGCAUGACGACCUUUUCUUGGGGGCUGGAGAAGGUCGACGUGAAAGUCGAGAAACUACCUAAGGAGUCACGACGCCUCGCGCGUGCUGCGCUGAAGUUUCUGCGUCGGUCGUCGGACAGUCUGUAUGGGCAUUUUUACGAUCGCCACUGCUCCUUCUUGGACCAGAACGCUUCUGGGCCCACCCCGGAGGUGGCUCGCAGACCACUCCAGUUCAUUGAGGAGCCUGGCCUCGAGAACGCUCUCUGGCCGCACUUGUAUUGGGAUGCUAAUAUGUGCGAGUCUUACGAGCGCCUCAAUCGGCGCCGCUUCCGGCAGCUAGCCGCCACCGAAGAUCCGCAGGGCCAGGCCGAGACUAGCGAUGCCGACGAGGCAGAAGAUGUCGACGAUCGCCGUCACAGCAUCAAGCGUUCCUUCCUCUGCAAACUGCUCAGUCCCCUCCUUGGGUAUGGAUCCGACUUCGAGCUUCUGCAGUUCGUGUAUGACCUGCAUCUGUGGACGGAUCUGGGAAGCAAGCGCAACGUGGCGGACGGAACCGCCAUGCGGAUCAUGAUGCGCGGACACCCGAUGUCUCCGCUCUACUGGAAAGAUGUGAAGAACGGCCUGCAUGACCUCGUCCGCCAGAUAGGCUACCCUCACCUGUAUUGGACGCUGGCACCUUACGAGCGCAGCUUUCCGUACCACGCUUACUUGCUCGACGAGAUGCAGAAGCUGCUGCGCGAGCGAAUGCGACUGCCUGCCUUCGAGUGUCUGCACCUCACGCACACGAUGCUGCAGGUAACUCGCAGUCUUCUGGCCGGGCGCGGAAGGCAUCGCGGCACGGGCUGGACUCGGCAUCUGCUGGGGAAGGGGCAAGGACUAGACGGCGUGCAUUUCUUUACGCGCAUCGAGUUCCAGGAUGGAUCCAAGAAAGCCGGUACACAGCAGUAUCAUGGCUCGGGCCGUCCACAUGUGCACGCACUGUUCUGGCUGCGAGAUCCUGCGGCAGUUGACCUGGGGUCAAUCGCAGCAGCAACUGAAAAUCUCCCAGAAGCCGAGAACGAUCUCGCCGCAUUCGUUCGAGGCUCGCAGCGUGAUGAUGCCGGCGAGAGCCGCUGGCCGGUGCAUGACGGUCCGCCGCAGUUUGACCCCGUCACGGGUGGCUGGACCCUUCCUCACACGCCGGACGACGCCGACCAGGGCGUUCGCGGGUACUUCCUCGACAUCAUGGACGCUCUGCGCUGCCAUCAGGACUUACAGUGCAGACAGGGACGUGGUCUCUUGCUGGCGUACGUGGCCAAGUAUGUGGCCAAAUGGUCCGACUCCUCGUACGACGAGUGGAUGUCGGACGCGAGCAGCGUCACGAGCCUGUGUCGGAAGAUACUAUUCGAGUAUCACCCGCUCGAGCCUGAGAUGGUCCUGCAGCUGACGCAAGGUUUGCGUCAGUGGGAGUUUGGAACUGUCCAGACUGGUCGCCGGUCCGUACGUGCGCCGCAUCCCUGGGACGAAUCAGCUCAGCAGCCCUUGUUCGUACAAAAAUACAUGGACUGCGCCUGGCGUGGGGAGACCAUGUCCCUGCUGGAGUAUCUGCGUAAAAGUGGGCCGCACGGUGAGAUCGCUGCAUGGCUGCGGCAGCGACACGAGGAGGCGCAGAAUGCUGGCACGCAGGUGGACCUGGAAGAAUUCGUGCGAGGGUACAUGAUGCGUGGAGAGCAAGUCGUGGCAGUCGAUUAUUUGUGGCGGCUGAAUGACCGCUUCUUCGGUCAAUGGUGCAUGAUGCACCUGCCUUUUCGAUCCUUGGAAAUCUUCCGGACCGUCCGGGGUGUAGACAGUGUUCCGGAUCGUUAUCGUGGGUUUGCCACGGCUCUUCUGCUCACAGACAAUGCCGAUGGUCCACAUCGGGGGCACUGGCGUGAUCUGGGUAACUUGGUCCGGGACAUGCAGUUGGAGGGGCACACGGACGCAAUUAUCCGGGACACACGGCUGUUUUUGGAGGCUGUCACAGUCGCUGUGAACGCAUACAUCGACGGCCGCAUCGACAAGACGGAGGAAGACAGUGUGGGCAAGCCUGUGGAGCAAGCUCGCCUUGGCCUGUUCGAAGGCCAGCAGCUGCUGUUUUUCAACGCCAUACAGGAGCGAGUGACUCGCUCCCUGCAAGCACAGCAAGCGACGGACGACACAGACGUUGAACGCAUCUUCUCGCAGCUCCGGGAUCUGCAAAACCGGCCCUUGAUUUGCUCCGGCAGGCCGGGCACGGGGAAGACGACGGUGGCCUUGGAAUGUGCACAGUGUGCACUGGCCGAUGGCGCGGCAGUGCUGGUGACCUGUCCCACAGCUCGGAUGGCAGGCCGCGUGCGCCAGCGGCUUGGCGACCACGCCAAUUUGGUUGUCGACACGGCUGCAGCCGCGUUUCAAUUUCAUCUGCCUGAGCAGGAGGCGGCGUACGUCUUGUGCGGAUACACGCUGGUAAUUGUCGACGAAUACUCGCAACUCGGUCUGGAAGACUUUGAGCGCGUUCUCCGGCUGUGGAGCAUGGCGGACCGUGUUCCUGCGAUGGUUUUCCUCGGAGAUAAGUACCAGCUGCCGGGCGUGGCACCACAGCGGCCGUGGGAAAGCACGGCCUGGAAGUCGUGUCAAAGGAUGGAGCUUGCCAAAAUCUAUCGCAGUCAUGACCCUGCUUUUCUGCAAACGCUGGCUUUGCUGCGAUCCAGCAUGCCAACGAAGACAGAGGUGAAUAAAAUCUGCCGCGGCCAUAAGGCCUGGUCGGGCAAAGAGCCCACUCUCCUUCACGAGUAUCCCACGGCCACAUAUGUUGCGGCCACAAGGAGUGGGGUCGCUUUGAUCAACAAGCUCGCCCUGGCAGCUUUGUACCCUGGCGUCAGCCCCGCAGCCGUGCUGCCCGGCGCUUAUGAGGACAACCCGGAAAAUUUCAACAACAGUUCCUUGCGCCUCGACCGACAGCCUGCGCCUACCGAUGUGGAGAUUUACUUGGGCGCUCGCAUCUACCUCACACGGAAUGUUCGGAAGACGGAUGACUUUGUCAAUGGCAUGGGCUGUACUGUUCUGGAGUACGAGGCGGCCACCCGAGUGCUGUGGGUGCGAACGGACACCGGAAAGCGACUGCCCGUCACCCCCUGGCAUGAUCCGGAAUUUGCAGGGCUGGUCUACUAUCCACUUCGCUUGGGCUACUGCAGCACCAUCGCAAAAGUGCAAGGCGACGAAUUCUCUUUCAUCAUUAUCUACUUGGACGUGCCAAACUUGCCGGCAGUAGGCUACACUGCGCUGAGCCGGGUGAAAGAUGCUCAAUCCUAUCUUCUGGGCGGCGUGCUUACCCCGGAGCAUUUCACCCCUGUAACACUGCGAUGA